AUGGAUGCGGUGUUACGUCAUAGUCCUCCGGCUUUCACGGGUCAAUCGGACCCGACUAUUUUGGGAGAAUGGUUGGAUCGUUUGGAGACUAUAUUUGAGGUGGUGAAAUGCCCGGAAGGAGAGAAGACGAUGAUAGCUGCAUAUUAUUUAGAAGGACUAGCCAAGAAGUGGUGGAAUAAUGAGAAGGCUUCCGGGAGCAAUUUGGUUGGAUUACCGUGGGAUGCAUUCAAGACGAUGAUAAGGGCGCGCUUUUAUCCUCCGCACAUUCAGAGAGCAAAGGAGGAUGAGUUUAGUGCCUUGGUGCAGGGCAAUAUGACGGUGGAAGAAUACUUCACGCGUUUUAAUGAAUUGGCUGACUACGCUCCGGAUUUGGCAGCGAAUGAUCGGUGCAAACUGACAAGAUUUGUUGGUGGACUGAAUAGAGACCUUCAGCGGUUCUUAGCCGGCUUCAGUGUGUCGACCCUUCAAGAAGCGUACGAGAAAGCAGCUAACAUCUAUCGGGCAAAUCGAAAAGCGUAUGAUGAGCGGAGGGAUGGAGCCCGCAUGGCAGAUAGAGGGAAAGGGAAGGUGAGCGAGGGUUUGAAGAACUAUAAGCGAAAGGAUCAAUCGGAGAGGUUUUCGGGUACACCCUAUGCAUCUCGCCCUAAAUUCACUCAGGGGAAUUCGAGUGACAAUCGUGGAGGUCCGACUAUUUGUAGCAGAUGUGGAAAAUCUCAUCCUGGAGUUCGUUGUGACUGCCAACCCAUCACUUGCUAUUACUGCCAUGAGCCGGGACAUGUUAAGAGGUUUUGCCCCAAGUUAGUUGGAGCUCCGAAUGCAUUUGAGAGGACCCCGGUUCCACAGCAGCAAGGUCGUACACUGCCAUUGGCACCUCAGCGUGCAAGAGGAGGGGGAAGGAGUGGCCAGAAAGGUCACAUUAAUGUCAUGACGAGAGGGCAAGUUGUGGAGAACUAG